AUGUCUCAUUCCAACGAGCGCAACGUGUAUUUUGGUCCAGACUCUCUGAAGAAAUACUUUGAUCCCGACUCACAGCCCCCUCUGCCAUUGGUUGAGCUGCCGGGGCAUCUGAACCCUUACCAUCAAGAUGGUGUACGCAUUUACGCUAAGAUGAUGACCAUGCACCCGGCCAAUAAUGUCAAAGCCAUGCCAGCUAUGAACAUGCUCGAGUCGAGUGUGGUGCCUGGACAAACGAAAACCAUCAUUGAGUACAGCUCGGGAUCCACAGUGAUCUCGAUGUCAAUGAUUGCUCGAGUCAUGCAUGGCAUCAGCGACACCCGUGCCUUUCUCAGUAACAAGACCAGCGAGGCCAAGCUGAGACUCAUGCAGUUCUUUGGCCUCAACAUCACCCUCUUUGGCGGCCCCUCGCAGCCCGAGCCCUUCGACGAACGAGGUGGCAUUCAGAGUGCCCGGAACCAAGCCUUGCAGUCCGGACCAAUCCUCAACCCCAACCAGUACGAGAAUGACGACAACUGGCGGUCCCAUGUCCGGUGGACUGGACCACAGAUAUACAAGCAGCUGCCAGAAAUCACCGUGCUCUGCGCGGGUAUGGGCACCUCCGGCACGAUGACGGGUCUCGGGACAUAUUUCAAGGAUACCAAGCCGUCGGUGCUACGACUGGGGGUCUGCACUGCUCCUGGGGACCGUGUGCCUGGCCCGAGGUCAUUUGCUCUCAUGAAACCGGUUGAGUUUCCGUGGAAGUCGGCAGUCGACGUGAUCGAAGAGGUGAACUCCUUUGACUCGUUCUCGCUAUCCCUGGAUCUGUGUCGGGAGGGCAUCGUAUGUGGGCCUUCUUCGGGAUUCAACCUGAAGGGGCUAUUCCAGAUGAUCGAAAAGCGUAAGGCUGCGGGCACACUGUCAGAGCUGGCUGGGGCCGAUGGCACUGUCCAUUGCGUGUUUCUGUGCUGCGAUCUGCCAUAUCAGUACAUUGGCGAGUACUUCAAUAAUCUUGGAGCGGAAAAGUUCCACCCCAUUCAGAACGAGCACCUCACCAAGGUGGAUCUCUACCGAUAUGAUGAAAGCUGGGAACGAAGCCCGGUGGUUCUUUUCACUCAUUUCUACGAGACCCCUAAGGCGCUGACCCAGAGUCUACUGAGCAGCAUUGCCCUUCGGCCAGCCUGCUGCGUCCUCGACCUCAGGACUGCGGUCGAUUUCUCCGCCUGGCAUCUGCCAGGAUCGGUGAACAUCCCGUUGCAGAGUUUAGACUCCCACAGCCCUAAGCCAUUUUCCGACCCAAGCGUGCUAGAGAAGCAAUGGCGAGAACUCGAGACGCUGUUCACGGACGCCCAGGCCAAUGUGAUCAGCACGCUGCAGGGGCAUCAUGUGUUGGUGAUUUGCUACAACGGGGACACGGCCCGGGUGGCCACCAGCGUGCUGCGGGCCAAGGGCAUCGAGGCGGACAGUCUCCGGGGAGGACACCAGGCGCUACAAGAUCAUGGCAUAUGGGGUGAUGGUGGAGAGGGAUUGGAGCAGGCGUCGUAUCCGGUGCCGGUGUCGGCCAUGGUGUCCCUGCAGAGCAACUAA